AUGGCGUCCGAGAAACGCCACCUCAUUGGCCACGAGGAAGAGCUCAACGCCGAGAUGCACAAGCUCGCCAGGUGGACGCCGACGGGUGCAGGUGCAUCACCGCCUGUCGCAGCUCCGUCUGCGGGGGGGUCAAGCGAGCCUCUGCCGCGGUCGACCGCGCUGUCCGUAUCGACGACGAUGUCAGCUGCAAACGUCAUUCGCAAGACGGGCGGAGCUGGAGGCUCCCAACAAAACGUCGUGCAGCGCAAUGUCCGCCCGUCGUGCGAUCGGGGGGCGAAAGCCGCUGCCCGCGCCGAGGCGAAGCUCGGCGCUGCUGCGAUCGUCAAGAUCCGUCAAGACUGGGAUGCGAUGGAGACGGGGCGUGCUGGAUCGGAGUGGCAGCAGUCGGAGGGAAUCAUUCUCAACCUGGUCCAGAUGCAGCUGUCAGAGCGCGAGAUCCGCACGAUUCUCCCUGUCGGCGGCUCUCGCCUAGCCCGCUUGCGCAAAGUCGCCGCGGAUGGGUUUGAUAGCCUGCACACGCGACGCGCUCCCACCACUCCCGCUCAUGCACUUACCGACGCCGAUCUGACGGCCCUCAGGAAUGACGUUGCUUCGUGGGAGGUUGAAGAUGGGUUUGCCUGCGGCCACCUUCUAGAUUCGACAAUCACGUGGACGAAGCUGCAUAGCCGCUACAAAGCCAAGAUGGAGGAGCAAGACGCUCGCGUGAUUUCGUUCUCGAGGUGGACUCGGUACGUCCACCAGCUGUACGCUGGCUUGCGCCUCGCUCGCUCUGCCGAGGACGUCUGCGACUGCUGCGUCCGCAUCGGGAUUGCACUCGCUUCCGAUGACAUUGCCGACGACGAGCGCGAACGCCUCGGAGCGGAGCUCGAGAUGCACCUGCACGAUGCCACAGCUCAGCCAUCAUCAUCCCGGACACUGUCGACGGCGCCGUCGACGACGACGAUCGAGCGUCCGACGGGGCCUCUGACGGCGACUGCAGCUCCAGCAGGCCGCCGAUUCAAAUCCAAAUUGAGGAUUUUUGGCGGCAGCUUUUCUAUGCCGCACUACGGCCACGAGCGUCCGUCCCCCGACUACUUCAACUCGAACCCGAUGAUGCAGAACUUUAUCACCGCCGACGUGACGAGAGGCAUCGACCACGUCGUUCUUUACGAGGAGCGCGCCCAAGACAAGGAAGCUGAAGCAAUGUGCAGCCUGCGCUUCCAGUACCACCACAACCUGUUGAUCAAGCGCGGCGCCGCGAUGCCGCAGACGCUCCUCGUCGUCCUCCACAACUGCGUCGGGCAGAACAAGUCGCACAUCGUAAUGCAGUUCUUUGCGACGCUGUCGAUUCUGUUCUAUCGUAAGGUCGUCCUCGUCGAACUCCUUCCUGGCCACUCACACAAUGAAGCUGAUCGCGUCGUCGCCUGGUGCCGGAACAAGAUGAAGGGCAAGAGCUUCUUCACCCCCUAGCAGCUCGCCAGCGACCUCAACGACAUCAUCAGCGUCUGUGUCGACUUUGUCGAU